AUGAAUUCAGAAUUGGGAUCCAUUACAGAACGAGCUCCAUUAAAAACAUAACCAACUCUCCCAAAAUAAUAGCUAAGACCAGCAUUUUUAAAGACAGUUAAUUUGAAAACAAUACAGACUAAUAGAAUGAAUUCAUUUCAAAAUAAAAUCUGGAGAGAUCGAGCACUCUUAGUACUUAUGCAAGUGCUUCGAUUUAUAUCACUUAUUACUCGUAGUCCCUUUGCUUCAAAAUUCUCUUUAUUGGAUAGAAAUAUGUUUAGAAUUAUUGGUGACAAAGCAGCUGAUUUCAAUUAUUACCUACUUAAUGAUUACUUUAAAUAUAUGGUAAUAUAUUAAGAUUAUUUAGAAACCCCAAUAAUCAUCUCGUGUUAAAUAUUUCUUAUUAUAGCAUUUAUAUAAAAUUUGUUACAUGAAAGGAUUCAUGGAUUAUUUGACUACUAUAAAGCUUACCUUUGAACCAGAAUCAAUUUUGUUACUGUUUUGGAAUAUUCUUAUGCUCGUAACUAUCAAUUUAAAUGUACUGUAUAUAACAGUUAAAUUUUCUUUUGAUUUUGAUACCUAUCCACCUUAAGAUUAUGAGUUUUGUGAAAUUUAUCUAUUUAAAGUCCCCUAUUUUUGUUUUAUAAUAGAUACAAUUAUCAAACUUAAUACAUGCUAUUAUGAAGCAGGCUAUUUAGUGAGAGAUAGAAAUAAGAUUUGGUACAACUUUUACAAGAACAGUAUAUUUCAACUUUAAAACUUUUAGACUUUGUUAUAAAUUUGUUUAUUUUAGUACCAACCUCAAUUUACUUUAUAGCCUUUUAAAAUUCAACUCUCUAUUUAUUUAUGCUAUUAAAGGCUUUUUCAAUACCAACAAUUACAGAAUCAAUAAUAGAUAGAGUGGAACUGACAACUAAUUAUUGGAUCAUAUAUGAUUUGAUACGUCUGAUUUAUGUAAUACUCUAUGAAUCCCAUAUUUGUUGUUGUGGAUUAUUUUAUGUAGGACUUUUAAAUAAGGAUUCAUCUUGGUUAAUAUAAAAUGAUCUAAUAUAUGAAACUUGGAUUAUAAAAUAUGUAAAUAAAUAAUAUAUUCUAGCUCAAUACAUUUUAUUGGAGUAUAAUCACUAUGACUACUAUUGGUUAUGGCGAUAUUGCACCCUAGAAUAUGAUAGAGAAAACUUUUUUAAUAUUUGUGGCUAUAUUUUCAUGUUGUACAUUUGGUUAUUCAAUUAAUUGUAUUGGCUAGACAAUUGGAUAAUUGUAAUCUAAGAAUCACUAAAUUCGAGUUGAUAUGAAUGAUCUUAAAUAGUAUUUAAGAAUUAGAGGAUAUAAUAAUAAAUUAUAAAUAAAGAUUUUAAGAUUUUUUGAAUAUUUGUGGAAAGAUUAAAAAAAUGAAAAUUAAUUAGAUAUUAAUAAAUUCAAUUAAUAAUUACCAUCUCAUUUACAUAAUGUAAGAUAAAUAAUAUUAUAGGAAAUGAUGAUAGAUCUAAAUAUGAAAAGUAUAUCUAAGAUUCCUUUUUUUAAAGAGAAUUUUAAUGAAGAUUUCAUAUCUGCUUUAGCAUCUAAAUUUAUUGAGGAAAAGUUGGUUCCAUUUAAUACAAUAUUUUCAAAAAAUGAUCCUAGUAAUUAUUUAUACAUUUUAUGUGAUGGUGAAAUAGAAUAUUUUGUAGAAAUUCCAGAAGGAUCUGCUACUAUCUUAAGUAUUUAGACAAUAUCAGGAUAAGAUGAAAUAUUUGGUUAGCAAGAGUUUCUCUUAGAUUAGAAUUAUGAAAUUAAUUGUAGAUCAACUAAAUCAUCAAGAAUAUUGAAAAUAUCAAAAUUAGAUUUCAAUAUAAUAGCCAAAAAAUUUGGAUAUGUAUAUUAAAUUUGUUAAAUAUAGGAAAAAUAUUGUUAAUUGAAAGAUUUGGUAAAAUUUUCUGGUCGAUUUGAUGAAUUUCAUUUACAUUGUGUUGGAUGUAAUAAAUCAACACAUAUGUUAUAUUAAUGUCCAAUGUUAACUGGUUUUCCUAAUAAAACUAAAAUUAUUAUUUAAUAUCGUAAAAAUCAAGUUUAAGAAAGGAAAUUUCACAAUAGAAACAAUUUAAAAAGAAGAUUAUCAUCACUUAUUUUUGAAGCAUAGAUAUCUGAUACAGUACUCUAUUAUCUAUUGUAAGACCCUAAAUUAUCAUAAUAAAUCAGUUCUUAAUAUUAAAUUUAAACCUUCAAGUAGUAAUAAUUAUAAAAAGAGCUCUAAAAUAAUAAUAAUAAUUUAUAAAAAUAAGUUAAUGAUGAAAUAAGAUAAACUAAGAGAAAACCAUCUGUCUUAAGAAUUAAAGGUAGAAAGUAAUCCUCAUAUAUUAAAAGAUUACCUGAUUUUUUGAAUUGCUAAUAUAUCAAUUUUAAAUCAAUGCCUGAAGAUAAAAUUAAAACAGGAAUAGAUGAUUAAUCUAAAAAUGUUUCUGCUGUUCAUUCAGAGGCUUAAAGUUCUGAAAUAAAUCAUAAUAUGAAAUUGAAAAAUUAAGAGGAAUUAAAUACUUUUGAAUAAAAUAGAAUUUCUACUGAUGUGGCAAAGUCUUUGCCUUUCAAAUUAAUUAACCAAACAUCUUCAGAUUAAGAUUAAAGAAAAUCUGAUGCUGAUAGUAUUAAGGAAAAUUCUUCUCUUUCAUAGAGUAGCAGUAAAUCCCCUACUAAAUAGACAAAAGGUGUUAGUCCUGGAAUUGAUUAAAUCACAUAAUGUUAUAUGGGUACAUACAAAGACAUUUUUGAGAAAUUUGAUAAAUUUCAGGAUUAUUAAAAUUACAUGACACAUAUGAAUUCUUUUAAGAUUCUUGAAUAACUCAAUCAUUUCAAAGAGACACAGAAUUUUACUGAUUUUAUGAAUGUGAAUUUCGUUAGAAAGCGUAGAUCAAAACGCAAUAAAUUGAUUGUAAAAAUAGAUUAUUGA